CGCGGGUGUCCCCCUGGAAUUACAGUGGGAUACAGGUGUGGGCCUUUUCCUAGUCAUCAGCGUUUAAUACAUGCCCAAACCUACUCGACGUUUUCGUUUCCCACCUAUAUAAGCGUUCGUACUACCGGCCAAUUUUACCAGAAGAGGAUUCACACAAUUCACGAGUGGACGCACCUACUUGUCAGCGUACCAUUAUAAUUAGUUUAAUUAUUCACCAUCACCUGAGUACAAAUAGUCAUCGAUUAUUCAGACUCGGAGGAUCAGCAAGAUGCGGUGGAAUUAUAUGGUGGUGCUGCUGUGCCUCCUGGUCCUUGUGUGUGGAGUGCUCGCAGAGCCUAUUCGGAAGAGAGAGGCACCGUUGGGCAUCGUACCACCGCCCCUGCCGGCUUUUGGUGGAUUAAGUGGUACUCCAACGCAAUCGUAUAGUCCUCCGGCUCAGAGUUAUGGGCCUCCAGCUACUUCGUAUGGGGUUCCAGCCGCAAUUCCUGCUCCCUCGUACGGCCCCCCAGCUCCGGUCCCUGCUCCUUCGUAUGGUCCGCCAGCCUCAGCUCCGGCUCCUUCAUACGGUCCCCCAGUUGCGGCCCCUGCUCCUUCAUACGGCCCACCAGCUCCGGCUCCUUCAUAUGGAGCACCGGCUCCUUCAUACGGCCCUCCAGCUCCGGCUCCUUCGUAUGGACCACCGGCUCCUUCAUAUGGCCCUCCAGCUCCCUCAUAUGGACCACCAGCUCCUUCAUACGGCCCUCCAGCACCCUCAUAUGGCCCUCCAGCUCCUUCAUACGGGCCUCCCGCACCGCCCUCCGGCUCCUGGCAAAAAAAGCUCACGUGGAAGGAAGAGUGGAAGCAAGUGUGGAAGAAUGACAAGAAGCUCCAGUGGAAACAAUCCUGGAAAAAAGUGCAAGUUCCGGCGUGGAAGGAGGUGAAAGCUCCAGCGUGGAAAGAAGUCAAGGAGGAGCAGUGGAAGAAAGUUCAAAAGCCAGUUUGGCAGAAGGUGCAAGUGCCAAUUUGGAAGGAAGUGCAGACCCCCGCCUGGAAGCAGGUGUGGAAGCCUGUCUGGCGUGAAGUUCAGGUUCCAGCUUGGAAAUCAGUCCAAGUACCUGAUUGGAAGAAAAUUUGGAUUCCAGUAUGGGUCGACGAUGACAGCCACGGUUCUCCACCAUCAGACUCCUACGGGCCCCCAGCAAUCGGAGGCUCUGGAGGACAUGGCGGUGACGAGGGCUAUCACUAUGGGCCCCCAGGUGGAGGUGGCGCCGAUGGGCACGGAGGUGACGAAGGCUAUCACUACGGACCCCCAGCUACACCCCAGAAGAAACUCAUCUGGAAGGCAAGCUGGAAAAAAAUCUGGAGAACCGAGCAGAAGCAAAUCUGGGAGACCAAGAAGAAAAUGGAGUGGAAGAGCGACUGGGUAAAGGUGUGGAAAACUCAGAAGAAGCAGGCAUGGAUAACUGAUAAAAAAUUAGCCUGGAAGGAGGAGGACGUCAAGGUAUGGGUACCAGUGAAAAAGCAAAUUUGGAUCACGCAAAAGGUGAAAAUUUGGAAGGACGAGUGGAAGAGUGUGACCGUGCCUGUCUGGGCAAACGUGCAGGUGGCAUCCUGGAAGAAAGUGUGGAAGCCGGUGUGGGAGAAAGUUUGGGUCCCCAGUCAGCCACAUCACGACGAGGAGCAUCAGGGAUAUCAGCGAUAAGAUGUACUCGCUAAUAAUUCAACAAUGUGAAUAUAAUAUUUAAGAGAAUUUCGAUUCUCCAGCUAUCCAUGACUCUUGUAAAUAUCUUCCUCUGCAAUUAUUAAUUAUAUUAUAUUUUUCAUAUGAAAAUAAAUAUAUUGUAAAACCUUUUUUAAAAAUAAAA